AUGGGAUCGAGUGAAGAUGAUGAAGUCCUCAAAAUAUUGGCUUCAGUUAGAAUUCACAAGCUGAUCGAUGAUUCUCAACUAAGAUAUCUAGCUCAACAAGAGGAAAAGGGAUAUCUGGAGCGUGUAAUUCGUGAGGUCUUGAAUAUAAUUUUUGAGCUUGGCCGUAGGUCGUUGUCAGAAUCGGUCAAGCUCACAUUGGUAAAGUGUUGUUUGAAUCCAUCCUGCGAUAUGUCAAUACAAACUUUGCUUAACAUAUUGGCAAAUUUGGGUCCAACUCAAAAUCGUGCCCACGGAAUAAAAGAAAUUCCGUCUAAAAAGGUUUCUGUUGAAUUACAAGUGGAAGUCUUGAGUCAAAUCAUGAAGAAUUUGGACUUCUUUGUACCUACUAUUCAAAAAUACGUAUCCAUUCUACUACCAAUACUAAGAAAACUAUUGUCGUAUGAAUUUUUGAGACUUUAUAUUUCAAGCUUAUUAAAGUUCAUUUUUCUUCAAAAUCCAGCCGCAGUCGGAUUUUGUCGAAACUGGAAGAAACCGGAACUGCUUCAUUUCACGAGAAAAUGGGAUUAUAAUUUGAUCAAGGACUUGCAAAUCAAAUUUCCCACAGAUCCAAAUUUGCGAGAGCUAGUUGAAGUGAUUGACGCGAUCACCAAUCCCAAUCCACCUCCUUUCACAUUGUAUACAAGUGUUAUAGAGACUAAAACCGGUGUAUCUUGUUUGAGGUCGUUGGAAGAAAACUCUAAGCGCAGAAAGAUUGGACCAGCUUCGAAAUGCAAUGUGACUCGCAACUCGGGGGAUGUAGCGAUAUCAAUUGGUUUGCCCAGUGGUCACCAGGAAACAUUGGUGAAGCAUAUGUUUGCGGUGCAGCUAUGUGCAAAUAAGUUGAAUUUAGUUGAGGUAGAUAAUUAUUUCAAAAUUACAUCGUUUCAAGACAAAGAUUUUUGCGAUCAUUGGAUCGUCCGUGUCUUGUGGUGUUAUCGACAUUUUAAUAAAAAGGACUUCUUUAUAAGCCUGAUAAAUGAAUUCGUUUUAAAUUCGAAUGAGGACAAGGACUGGCCUCAAUUGUUUCACCAUAGAGUUAACUUCAUACGACUUAUAAAGACAAAUGUCUCCGAAAUGCGGUCAAUGAUUAUAAAUGAUAAGAAGAAGUUACAAACAUACCAUUUGCAAGAUCCUCAUCUAUAUCUGCGCUUGUGUGAGAAAUAUAUUAUGGAAUUUCUAUCGUUGUUUGACGUUGAUUUUCCAGGUAGUUUUGAAUUUUUGGAAGAGAUUACUUUAAUACUAUUGGAUCUUAGUCAAUUCUGCCCUAGGAUUCGCAGUAUAAUGGUAAGAAAAAUACUUUUAUUGUACAAGAGACUACGUGUGACUGAUAAACUGUUUUAUGCGAAUCUCACAUUACCACGCUCGGUCGUCUACCUUAUGUUGCUCCACGGUGACUUGAACCUAUUGGAUGGUAUAUGUUUCCACAUUGCUGAAGAAAAGAGGCUUCACUACACGGAUGACAAGUUACGUAGGAUACAAAACUCCUUCACAAUGGAUAUUGUAAACAUGAUUUGGAGAGGAAGAUUUCUCAGUUUCGAUGGGCGACGAGACUCGUCGCAUAAGGCGCUUUUUUUCAAUUCUUGCUUAUUGCCCAAGAUACGCAAUUCAUGUUUGGCCAGCAUUGGGAUUGGCGAUGUUGGAAGUAUAUUGAUGAGCCCGGUAUUUGUCUUCAUUGCGACUAAGAGUGUGCGACGGUUGGAAGAUCAACAUAACCUUGAUGCGAGAAUUGAGGGUCCUCUUACAGAAGAGAAUAUAGCAUUCAUGCAAACCGAUGAUCGAACUCAGUGGUUACAAUUGAGUCGAGAAUCAAUAAAGCUAGAAGUUCUUAGGACCCUUGAUCUGAAGGGUUUUACAGGUGUCUGUGAUAUGUUGUUCAAGUCUUUAAAGUCAUUGUCCGGAGCAAGAGGCAGGGAAUAA